GCGUCAUCUGGCCGAAAGAUUGCCAGCUGCCAUCAGAUGGUGCCAGCUAGUGAAGGGCUGUCAGGCUAUGCAUGCCAACCACUCCCUGCCUCCCUUGGGUCUUUCAUUUGUUCGAUCGAGGGGAAGCGAAAACUUGUGCUUGCGUGAUCCGCUUACUUGUGAGAGAGGCGAACAUGGAGAGUCGCUGCUCGGAUAUGAUACCAAUCACAACACCACCAGUAUUUCCCAACUGCGUGAAAUGGUCCGAGGAGAAUCUUCUGGCGGUCUCCACAGGCCACAUCAUAAACAUCCUGAACCCGGCAUUGUUGUCAGGCCCCCGCGGGUACGUAUCGUGCUCCCACGGGGAGAUCCUCGACAUCGGUAAAGUCAAACUCGAAGAUCUACACGCUCCAUCGCUGCUUCCUACCCGGUUGUCCAAGGAAGACAAAGUCUUGAUCCGCUGCGCAGACUGGUCGCCGCAGGGAUGCUCGCCAAGCGGUGGGUGUCUGCUGGCAGUAUGUACGUCAGAUCAUCAACUGAAGGUGUAUCGCUCGCCGCAUUUGGAGCUCCGAGCCGAAUGGGUGGAGGUUCUGGACCUCGGGCAGGUCUACUUCAAACACUGUGGUGCAAGCUGUUUCGAGGAAGCAAAGCCGCUGGCAUCGGUCUAUGAAAAGGAUGAGUUGUUGUUGCCACCGGAGGUGGAGUGGGUGCAAUCGUCGCCGAAAGAAAAAACGUCGUGUAAGAAGCCAGACCCGAAGAGUAACAAAACUGGGGAAGAUAGGCCGCGGCGGGGUGGGCGAAGGCGCAAACAGGAAGAAGCCCCCAGGACACCGGCUGUCGCCUCCUUGGCUCCAGCAUCGGAAGGGGAAAAGGAACGGACAGUCGUCCGAGGAGCGUGUAGCUUUGACCAGCUCCGGGCUUUGACGUCGAGACCGCUGGCACUCUUGCGCAGUACACCUCUGGUUGCCGCAGUAAACCAGAUCAGGGCGCAGAAUGAAGGCGGCAAGGGUAUUAUGAGCAUGCCUGGGACGGAUAAGUUUGGAGCGUCGGGCCUUGCUGCUGACCGAGUGGCCAGGCUGACGGGGAGCUUCUGGGGUGCAGAUGCACUCGGGAAGGGUGGAAAGGGCAUCCGCCGAGGGGCUCAGGUGGAAGUCCUCAGAAAGGAGGGCGAUGACGAUGGCGAAUGCUGGGUUGUAGGUGAAGUCUUGAGGGUCUGCAAUGAUCACGUGCUGGUGCAUUACAAGGAGGCACGUGGUGUUACGGACGGCCAACCUGUAAAUGAGGAGUGGGUGAAACUGGAAGCUUCGGGAGUGGACAACCAGGAACAAUCGGGUGGGAGAGGGAGAGGGAGAGGAAGAGGCCGGAGGGGCGGAAGGGGUGGGAGACGCGGAAGAGGGGGAAGAGGGGGGCGAGGGGGUGGCGAACAGAGGGGUAGGCACAUGGCCAACGUUUAUGGGCGGUUUGGACCGCGGCCUCAUGUGCGCCUCGUCCGCCCAUCUACUGAUUCAGAUGUCGAAAGGCGCCAUGAUUUUGUCAAGGGCGACCAUGUUGAAGCGCAUGUGGCAGAUGCUUGGUGGGAGGGUACCGUGAAGGGUGUUCGGAGGGAUGGGCUGACUGUCAUGCUGUGGGCGAAUGGGGCUUCCUGUCUGGUUCGACGGAACGACUUGCGAUUUGCAUACGAGUGGAACGACGAGGAAUGGGUUAUGUGGGACCGUGAAGCAGCAAAGGAGAAGAAGGCAGCAGAAGCAAGGAGGAGAAAGGAGCUGGCGAAUGCAAAGAGGCAACGGCUGGAGAUUGAGAAGCAAAGUGGGGGUGUAGAUGCCUCAGGACGUCUGGGGAAGGACAGCGAGAGGGUUGAUGAUGCGGAAGGGAAUGGCCGAACGGCGGUAGGGGAUGGGAGAGAGGCAAACUCAGCAGGGGAGAAUGGUGAUGACGAGGGAGCUUCUGAGAAAAUGCAAACAGAUAAGGGAGAAGAGGGCUCGGGAGGAGAUGGGUGGAAGUCCAAAGCUCUUCCUCUGCCUCCUCUCGACCAAACAGGGGAAUGCGUGUAUGGACCUGCGGAGAAUGCCUUCAUCAGUCUGUACGUGUCCAUGUUCAUGAAGAAGUACGAGUUGGUGCCACCUCAGCAGGAGGAUAAAACGUGGGAUAUAAUCGACGAAGAGAUUGCCAUGGAAGUCGAAAGGGAAAUAAUUGAUCAACAUGGCGGUGCGAUGACGGGCUUAACACUUCCGCUCGAACAAUUAACUCGUGAAGCCAAGAAGUGCAUCAGAGAGAGCCUUCAUCUUCCGCACCAUACAGCUGAACCCUCAAGCUGCCCACAGCUGGUGCCGACAGAAGGCAGUUGCGGAGGAUUGGACCUUGGAGGCUUUGACGGAGCGGUCGGUCAGUCUGACAUGGAGGUGACUGCUGACCGUGGGAAGGAUGGGGUCCCAGGAGGGUUGGGUACUAGUGAAAGGGCAGAAAUCUCAGAAGUGAGGAACACUGGAACAAUGGGGGUGUGUCCUGGCCAAGAAAUCGGGGCGGCGGAGACAUUGUGUUCAGGUGAUGCGGGAGUGGCGGGGGUGCAUGGAGGCGACCCGGGGGCAAGACAGGGUGGACGUGCCGAUGAGCCAAGGGGGAAGGUAACGAGAGAGCACGAGCAGGCUGAGGGAGGCCUUCAGGAAGAGGGAAUGGUCAGCACGGCUGAAGACGGUUUGCACGGUCGCGAUGGUUGCUGUGCAGCAGUGGAGUUGGAGGCAAGUUGCAGUGAUGGUCGUAAGGGCACAGAGGAAAGAGCUACGGUGGACAUGCUGCAGCACUGGAGCACCCAGACUAGCAGAGAAGAAGAUGCUGGGAAAAGUUGUGCGGACGGUUCAGGACUGAUGCAAACUGGUGCAGAAGGAGGCGACUGGAGCGGACUUGAGGGAGAGGAGGGCUCAGCACCUAGUACGGGGCAGGAUUUAGUCCAAGAAACGAGGGAACUUCAUAUGCAGGCUGCUGACGCUGGAACCCUGAAAAGAAGUAUGGAUGUCAAACAUCAGGAGAUGGAUAUUGAGGAGACAGGAGAGGGGGGUGAGAGGAGGCGCGAAGCUGGAGAUGCAAUUGGGGAAGGACAGGAAAUUGGACAAGAAGGUGAGCACCAACCUGGAGGAGGUGCUGCAAGGUGUGAGGACGAGAUGGCGCCCAGUGCGGGUGAUGCAGACAGAGGACAUGAUCAACGGUUCAAGGCAGAGGCUGCUGGUGUAUCUGAAGAUAGGGACGGGACUGAGGAAGCUGACAAGCUGGAUCGUACUGUGGAUAUGCAAGAAGCAACAGAUCCUGGGGAUGCAGCAACAGAUACUGGCGAUGUAGCAGCAGAUCCUGGCGAUGUAGCGACAGAUCAUGGAGAUGUGGAAAUCAGAGUCUCAGGAAAGGGAGGGGGGCUAGACGGCAGAAACAUUGAGAAGAGAAAGAAGAGCACAGAAGAAGACAACGACAAGCCAGAUCGAUCUGGUGGUCGACCAAGGCGUCGUGCUGCUAUGACGCCACGCAAGGAGACUAUGCUUGCAUCAGUGGGAACCGGAAGAGAGGAUAGAGAGGGUACAGAUGGGAGCAAGAAGAAGAGGGCAAGGGUGGAGGUCGAUGUAAGCGUGGAGGAAAGGGCCGGUGGAGGGGAGGCAGGUAGGCAAUCAAGGGAACGUGUAUGUGUCGAGGAAGAUGACGAAGAAGAGGGCGACGAGGAAGAAGAUGAUGAGGAAAGCGACCCAGCAUAUGAGGAUGAGAGUGGGAAGAGGGAUGCAGAUUGUGGAAGUGACUCAGGGGAUGAGCUGAUGGGUAGUGGAAAAAGCACGAGGACACCGAGGAAGAGCAGGAAGAGCAGCAGAUUGCGAGAUGAUGAGAAUGAUGUCGAGGUGGAAGAGUCAGCUGCUAAAGAUAAGGGAAAGAAAGCUGCUGCGCGAGAAAAGGGGCCUACUUUAAGAGGCCGGAAGACUCCACUUGCUUUGGGUGAUGGUACAAUCGCCGCGGCAGAAUAUCAGGCACGUAUGGACUUGAUGGGGGCUCUGCUGGUAGCUUGGUCCCCUGUUUACAGGGGCAAUGCCUCGGGACGGGUGUGGCGAGAGGAGGACGGCUCUGGUCAGAGCGGAAAGGAGGGUGCAAGGGCGUGUGUCUUUUUGGCUGUUGCUGGGAAGGCAGGUAGGGUUGUCUUGUGGAGGUUGCGCCUGCCGUCAUAUUCUCUCUCAAGAGAGGCUUGCCUUCAUUUCCCCGAGUUCUCCUUGGUCUGCUCCUUUCUGGUUCAUUCGUCCUGGGUGAGUGCAUUAUGCUGGAAAAAGGUUGUGAUUGAGCACCAUCGAACCAUUGCUGGGGAGGGAGGAAAUCGGAGAGAGAGGGAACUGCUAUUGUUGGUCACUGGAAGCUCGGAUGGCAGUGUCAGGCUCUGGUACCGUGAUGCCGAGGAUCUAGCAAGCAUACCCCAGUAUGAUAAAUGUGCGGCAAUGUACCUUUUGGGGGAAAUUUGUCCUGCGGAUGAUUUGAAUGUGAGCAGCUUGGCAGUGGGUGUGUGCAGUGGGAAUGCCGGCAGCGGGAAGGUAGAGGAUGGACACCAUGAUUGGCAACAUGAGGGUGGUGGUAUUGCCCUUCCGUCGAUUGCCAUCGCUGUGGGGAAGGGGGCCGGUGAUCUAUUUGUGUGCCAUGGGACCGUAACUCAGUCAGAUGAAGGAGAUGCAUUCGUCAGAAAGCAGACAUUUUGCCGCCCUGCUGCUCAUGAGCAAAUGAUAACAGGGCUUGCCUGGACAGAAAACUGCAUCCAGCUCUAUAGCUGCGGCCAAGACAACCAGUUGAAGUGCUGGAAGUAUGAAGGGUACAAGCUCCACCGCCACGAACUGCCUGACGUGUCCUGCCUUCCGGGUGCGCAAGCUCAGAACAUGAGCACAACCGUUGAAGUGGUGACGGAUGCGAUGGACAAUUACUAUGGGAUUGCUAUGUCGCCGAAUUGCCUUGCAAUGGCGACUGUUCGAGGCAUGUCGUCAGAGCUUUUGAACCGAAUGUACGAGAGACGACAGCAGCAGGGUGUUCUCCAAAUCUUCUGGAUUUCUGGGGUUGACAACAAGCCUUGCCCCCUUGAAACUGCAGGUGGGAACAUGCAGCUCUGCGUGUCAACGUCCAAGAACGAUCUCACCCGUGAUGCUGUCCUGCUUGCUUGGAAGCAGAGUAUUCUUCAGUCCAUGAGGAACUUGGCACCUUCCGAUAAGCCUAUUGUCUUGUGGGACAUAAUCGGUGCGAUUCAGUAUGCAGGAGACCUGGGUGUUAGCAUGCUUGCACAGGAUGUGGUAUCUGCAUGGGAGGAAGAACUGCCAAAGGUCUACCCGGUGCAUGGCACAGACACAGUACAAGAUGACAAAAGGAGUCUGGAAGCAAGUGCAGAUGUGAAGGCACGCAGGAUGGCUUGCCGAGCGCACCAGAUGACGAUCGGACUGUGUAGAAAGUUGUGCUCGACACACAGGGGGAAGACGCGAAUGCGCCGGAGGAAGUCUCAGAGUGCUGCAGAGAGGGAGCGGGAUCAAGAACGGGAGCGGGAACGCGAAAGGGAAUAUGAUUGCGAAUUCAGCAGAGAUGCGGAGAGGGAGGCCUUGGCGGAGAGGGAACGAGAGACUGUCAGAGUGUGGGAGACAAGCGUAGAGGCUCACGAGCAUGUGCUGAGGGAGAGCUUGGUUUACACGCUUCUUGCGGCUGCAUGCCAGCUGAAGGAGGGUUUGUCAGACUGUGAUGUAGAGCAGAGGAAGGUGGCUUUUGGCAGCAACCAGGGCAGCAAGAGGGUGACUGUCUCGGAAACCAGUGCAUUGCUUAUGGCAGACUGGAUAUCGCACAACGCUCCAUAUGUCUGGCCAUCACUUCUUGAGGCUGCAGCAAGGGUUUACCAUCUGUAUGGGACACUUCCGCCAGCAUGUUUGCCCUCCACUAUUCGUGAAAGCUGUCCAUUAUGCCAAGCGCCGGUCCCCUGGCAGUCGCACGACAUGGCGAAAUGCAUGAAUGCCUCCGGUGAAGAAACACCGUUGCGCUCCUCGCUCGUUAGCUGCAGCAACCGUGGCUCUGGGGCAGGCAGUGCAGCAACACUGGGGCAGGCGGCGCACAAGCUCCAUCGCUGCAUGGUGUCAAUGGAGCUAUGCAUGUCUCCACGGGUCUGGAGGUGUAGUUGCUGCUCAAGGCGGGCCUCCGCGCCAGUUCCACCGCCUUUUCUGACCUAUGCGAUUUCUCCUAAACUAACUUCCGAGAGGUCACUUGUGGAGGACAGAACCCGAGGGGGCCAUGCUAAUCUUGCAGAGGAGCUUUACUCCUCCCUUGUCUUGUCUUUUCCUUCCACAUCUGAAACCCUUGACUGUCUUUGCAGCUAUGAUGCUGUGGGCCAGUACUUCAUCUCAUGUCCAAUCGGGAACUAUUUCGUGUCAUGGUAUCAUUAUUAUGAGAAAGCUGCUCUGGGACAUGUCUGUCACGGUGUCAUGAUGAGACUGCUUCACGGGGAGCGUACCAGUGGGCAGACAGAUAGACAGGCAGUAAUCAUGGUGCUGCUGCGAGCACGGCGAAGUGUUCUCGAUGCAUUAUUGUCCGUUCGACUCCCAGCAGUGGCAGCUCCAAUUCGGUCCGUUUACCCAGUUUCCCAACGCAGAUGCCCACUCGGUACCGAGACCAGUGGUUGCCGAUUGCUGAGCAUGAUGCCCCACGACGAUGCGAGUUUCAGUGUCGACUCGAACACUCCGUGGCUUGUUUGUAAAGUAUAUGUCUCAGAAGGUCGGAACCAAGAUGUCCUCGAUCAUCUGCAAGACGGACUGUCGCCGAGCAAGGGACCCGCUUGUCUGGUUCACGUCUUCCCCGACGAGCCCUUCAACCGCACGGGAUUCACCAUCGCGGGCCACUCUGGGUUCUUGGAAAGGAUGGUGGUCACUCUUGCUUCCCGUGCGAUAUCGUCGAUCGACCUCCGCAAGCAGGAGGCUUUGCACCCGCGGCUAGGGUCCGUGGACCAUAUAUCCGUGCAUCCUCUGGGCCCGCUGACUGAAGAGCGGCGAGUUGCAGCCGCUCAGGCUGCCCGUAACAUCGCCAUGGAAAUCGGGACUGAUUUGAACAUCCCAACGUAUCUGUAUGGCUGGGCGCAUCCUGGUCAUCGCCCGCUGGACGAACUGCGCCGCUCCCUUGGCUUCUUUGCAGGGGCGAGCUCUGGAAAGUGGAAGGGUCAUUCCUUCCCUCCUCUCUUGCCUCUUCCUUUCUCUCCUUUGCCAUCACACUCAUCUCAACCCCAGACACAGUCAUCUCGACUGCAAACGCAGUCGUCUAGAACCCAGACAAGUAUUACGUCCAUCGCUGCUCAAGUGCCGCUUCCGCCGGACUAUGGACCUUCUUCUGCUGCUGGUCCUGCUGCUCUCGUGUCCGCUGCAGGGGUUACUGUCGUUGGUGCUUGUCCGUGGAUGAUCAAUUUCAACGUUCCUAUUCUGACGCAGGAUAUGAAGCUAUGCCAGCAGAUCGCGAAGGCCGUCAGUGCCCGGGGAGGGGGCCUUCCCCAUGUCCAGGCCAUGGCCUUAAGACAUGGCAGUGGCUGUCUGGAGGUUGCUUGCAACUUGCUCGACCCUGUAGUUAGUGGACCGGAAGCUGUGCAGAGUCGAGUGCAGCAGAUAGCCAGCCAAAUAUCUGCCGAGUGCAAAACUGCGGUCUUGGAGGGAUACUUAACGGGCCCUAGUAUUGAUGGAAUCAAGCUGGUUCUCGAAAAUCAUUUGUCAGAGCUGCGGCAGUUCAGCGACAAAUGAUUUUCGAAGGACAUCGGAGAGUGCUUGAGGUUCUCAGAAAAGAAGGAGAGACCUCAGGAGCUGGUGUGUGUCCGGUGCCGAGCGGAGUCUUAUGGCAAUGCGCACGCUACCGUCUUCCCCCGGAACAUAACGCAACCUGAUUCGGAAUGUAUACAAGGCGUCUUUCCGGUUGGAUGCAGUCAUAUUGAGGGUGAGUUGUGUUCGGGGAAGACGGUAGACGUCUUUAUGCAUGUUAAUGUGUGGACUAUACAGUUACCCGUCAGAUUACCCAUAGUGCGAGCAUGUCUGCAACGACAUCCGCGCUAGCAUCCGAAGCAUGAAACCGCCACUCCCCUGUUGUGACCGUCCUCUGGGCGUCACACACUAUCUGUGGAUGGGAUGGAAGAAAAAGUCGGAAGAACCGUGGCUGCUGUCUUGGCGAUCCGAUGAGCCACCUGAAAUAUGGGGAAGCCCUGUGGUAACCACCCCAGGUGCAAAAUUUGGGAGGGGGGGGGGAGGAGUGGGGGGAGGAGAGGGAAGGGUUGAAACCACUACCAGUUCUCAUAAGGCAGGAAGCAGGGCUGGAGUUCAAUUUCCAGAUCACUGUGGGUUUGCCCUGCACUGUGAGCUGUGAGCUUUGAGCUGUGAGUGAUGUGAACCCAGCUGCAGGCAUAGUGCAUUUCAAGCUGCUGAACUGACGACUUCUGCUAGACGCCACUUCAGGCAAAAAAAAAACAAAAAAAAAAACAAGAGGAACAGGUAGGGGGACGAUCUGCAAGCUGAACCGGCGACUUCUAUUAGAUGCCAGUUUAGGAAUAGUUAGGGGCCACAAUCCGCACCGUAUUGCAUGCCACUUCAGAAAUUUAGUGGUGGUGGAUGACGCACAGUGUGUACCCGCGCACGAGGAGUAUCAUUACUGCAUCAUGAUACUCGAUGCAUGCACAUUGCACACCACCUCGGAAAUCUUUAUCAUCGAUGACACACGCGGUGUUGACCGCCUCGGAAAUCUUUAUCGUCGAUGACAUACGUGGUGUUGACGACCUCGGAAAUCUUUAUCGAUGACACACGUGGUGUCGAGUAACAGUUGAGCAAAAUAGAUCAUCCAGAAUGCAUACGCCAUUUGCCUACUUAUAG